AUGUGGGCUAGGGUCACUCUCAAACCUCUUGCAAGGAGAUCUGCAAGCUCAUUGAGUUAUACACCACCAAGUAUGGUAGAUCUCCCUUCACGUUGGUCAACGAUGAACCCACAAUUACAGGAGGAGAUUACAGAAUAUUUAACUUGGAAGAUGGAAGACUCUUGGAAAUUAAUGACAGUAGAUGAAUUAAAAGCCAGUUAUUAUAUUUCAUAUGGACAAUGGGGUCCAAGAGGCAAAACAGAUAUCCAACUAACACCAACGAUGUUAAUCUGGAAAGGCUUAUUUAGCACAUUACUAUUCACUGCAUUAGGCGUAUCGUUGAUCAACCUCAAGAGAGAUAAGCACAUGGACAAAGCACUGAAUGGAUUGCAACGGAAUUCAAGCGAAUAA